AUGAUCCUCGCGGAAAGGAAGAAGGAGCUCGAAAUUGGCACCUACCAAAGGGAAGUGCACGAAGAACUGCAAGCGAUAUACGAACAGAACAAAUUUGCCAAGUAUGCGAAUGAAGAAAAGUUCGAUACCUUUAUAUGUGAAGGGAAAAAGAACAAUGGAGGAUGCGUAGUAGUGGUUGGAGAGAAUCAUGUGAAGAACUGGAGGGAUGAAAAGACCAAUUCCGGCGUUGUGUACAAAGGUAUGGACGCGGUCAUGUCGUUUAAAAGAUUUGCAGGGAAGGAGAUUAACCUUCAAGGGGGAGACGCUAACGGUGAGCAGUCCAUUUUGGGGGCGGAAAAACUAAAACGGUUAAUGGUGAAGGGGCGAAGCAAGAACGGAAGUGACGGUGACAAUCUUUGGGGACUGCCCUCAGGGGAGGAUGCCGCAAAGGACGUCUUCGAAAGAAUCGACCAUAUAAGACACGCCAUUGCGGAGGUAAGGCACACCAUUAGGAGGAAGAUUGACAUGAGAAAUAGUAAAAAUGCUUGUUCAUCUGGUGAUGAUAUGACGGAACUGUUUUUAAGCUUUACUCAGCUGCGUGAAAAUUUUGCUGAACUAACAACCUUAUUAGGAGUAUCAGACCCACGGUUGGGAAGGAAGGGCCAAUUGGAUGAACACAUAAAAGGGUACAGCGUUACCUCCGUGGGGCAGGAGCAAAACGAUUGGGGAAAAACAAACAAUUACAUCCCUCCAGAUUGUAAACUUUACGAAAGGGAAGAAGAAACGAUGCAUCAUAAGAAGUACGUCUCCCUUAGGCAGACAAACAUAUACAGGAUGUUUGAACAGUUGCAAGCCAAAGUGGAGCAGUACGAAUGGUUACUGACGGAAGAGUGUUCACAUGAAAAGGGAGGUGCAGACGAAGGGCAAAGCGUAGGUCAGACUUUGCUAUCCAUAGCUAUGUUCCUAAACCUAUGUAUGAAUGAAAACAUGGGGAAGAGAAUUCUAAAUUAUAUUUAUUUGCAAAGGAUAGAAAUAAAGAAAUGCAAACAGUAUCUGGCAAGUUUGAACAAAGAAAAGUCGCUGGACAUGUUUUGUUCCCAUGUUGAAUCUCUCACCAGGGGAGUGCCUUAUGAAGAAGACCCCGCCACAUUCGUCGAUAAGCUUUUUCGCAUUGAUCUGACUGAACAGAACGAAGAGGUGUUGAGUCUGUACAGGCGGUUGCUACGGAGCGAACUGGGAGUCGACUUGAUGUUGCGGGAGAUGGAAACGGUGAAUCAUACUAUUGGGAGGAUGUGCCAGAAUUGGGGCGAAAUUAGGUCGGAUUAG